AACGUCACUUCCUCUUCUAUGUGUCCACACUGGUACGUGGUUAAAAACAGCUAGGACGCCACGUACACGUUAUUCAAAGAUAGGUCUUUAUAAGAAAAGUCUUGUCAGGUCCCAGAUCUAUCGUCAUUUUAGCGUGUGUCUUUUUGAAUUGCUGAAGGGAGCACCAUAUUUUUCCUUUGGAACAAACAAGGGGUGGAGACAGAAGUUUCCAAAUUGAUCUGCAGAAGUUUACAGCAGCAAACUUCUAACACAAGUAAAAAUGAGUGAAACAAACCAGCAACAGGAUGAGUUACCUGCAUACAUGAAAGAUGAGCCUCCAACAGAUACCAACAAAGGCCAUCCCCAACCCCAGCCUGGCAUGUUCUCCAGGGUGGCCGGUGGUCUGUUCAGUGUCACGAAGGGGGCCGUUGGGGCCACAGUGGGCGGAGUCGUCUGGGUUGGAGGGAAAGGCCUUGAUCUCACGAAAACUGCUGUUACCUCAGUUGCGUCUGUGCCAGCGAUGGGGGUGGGGCUUGUGAAGGGCAGCGUGUCUGCUGUGGCUGGUGGCGUGAGCGCCGUCGGCUCUGCCGUUGCCAGCAAAGUUCCCAUUGGCGGAGGCAAGAAGAAGGACAAGUCUGAUUGAAUCACAUGGCUCUGGGGUACAUUUGUCAGAAGCAUCUGCAUCGUGUCUUCUUUGACUCCUGAGCGAGUUGAUUGUGGAGUUCAUGCUUGCAUGUUCAUGCUUACGAGCAUAUUUGGACCAAAUCCGUCUGCCUGACUGGACCAACAAAACGUCAUUCGUAAGCUGGGUGGCCUUCAUCUGC